AGGUGCCCCAGUAGAGGGUGUAACUUCUGCACGUCACACGCGCGUGGAGACUGAUGGCCUCAGGAAUGCACGCUGCUGCCCUAGGACAACUGGGGCCUUGCAAGCCCAAAGCCCUCGCCGCUGCGGAUGUCGGGCUUGAUGCGACCGAGCCGGUGGAAAUCGUGCUUCUAUCCGAGGAGCGUUCACAACAGGCGGCUCAAAUCUUGCAGCUCAAGGGCCUCGAGUCCAGACCCAUGGUUCAGGCACGGAAGAUGCUGGCCUGCGGUGAGAGGCCCACACCAGAGCCGAGGUCUCAAAAGUUGCCAGUGGAAGUGAUGCGAGAGGCCCAAGGGCGACUGGGGCGAUUCCUGCAACGCCGCGUUCCUUUGCUCAGCUGGACACGCACGGUGACGGGCCAAUCCUUGCGAGCGGAUCUGAUCGCCGGCUUGACGGUCGGCGUGAUGGUCAUUCCGCAGAGCAUGUCCUACGCCAGCAUCGCAGGACUGCCCUACAUCUAUGGCAUGUACGCUGCGUGUGUACCAGGCAUGGUCUAUGCUGCCUUCGGUCAAUCGCGGCAAUUAGCUGUGGGGCCGGUGGCCAUGGUGUCCUUGAUCAUGAACGCAGGCUUGGAAGGUCCGAUGGCGGAGAUCUGCCCUGGAUGGGAGCCUGGUCAUCACAAAGAAGGCGAAGGACAGAUCCACCUUGAUGAGCAGAUGCAGGAGUACUGUACCAAUGAGUACAUCAAGCUGGCCAUUUUUACCUCUGCCAUCAUGGGGAUCAUCCAGAUUUUGGCGAUGGUUUUGAGGAUGGGCUUCCUGGUGACCUUCCUGGGCCAUCCGGUCACCAGCGGCUUUACCUCGGGCGCGGCCAUCAUCAUCGGCUUUAGCCAGGUGAAGUACAUGUUGGGCGUCCACAUGGACAAGUCGCAGUAUGUCUACAAGAUGGUGGCAGAGGUGGCCUUGAAGCUGAAGGACACCAACUGGAUGACCUUGCUUCUAGGCCUUGGAUGUGUGAUCUUCCUGACCUGUGCCAAGUUGGCUUCUAAACGUUGGAAGAGGCUCUCACUGGUGGGGCCGCUGGCUCCACUGUUCUGUUGCACGGUUGGAACUUUACUGAUUUGGCUUUGUGUGCCCUUGCGGGAGACCUACGAGGUGAGCUACGUGGGUCAGGAGAAGGAGAUUCCGGCCGGGCUCUUUCCAGUCAGCGUGGGCGCAUGGAACUUCCAAAAUUUUGCCAAGGUACUCCCAACCGCAUUGUCAUGCGCUUUGAUCGGCUACAUGGAAUCAAUUGCGAUUGGGAAGAACCUGGCGGCCAAGCAUGGCUACGAGUUGGACGCGGGUCAGGAACUCUUCGCCUUGGGCCUUUCCAACUUGGUGGGAUCCAUGUUCUCCUGCUAUCCUGUGACUGGCAGCUUCUCUCGAUCGGCCGUGAACAAUGCCACUGGCGCGCAGACGCAGAUGGCGGGGCUCGUUACUGCCCUGGUGAUGCUGUGCACCUUGAAAUGGUUGACGCCGCUUUUCAACUUCCUUCCAGAUUUUGUGCUUGCGGCAAUUGUGAUAAGUUCAGUGGCGCCCUUGGUGGCCUACACCGAGGCCAUCAAACUUUGGCGGGUGAAGAAGAAUGACUUCUUCCUGUGGGUGGCAGCCUUUUUGGGAACACUCUUCCUGGGUGUCCUCACAGGCAUCGCCCUGGCGGUCGGCCUCUCCUUGGCCAUUGUCAUCUACGAGUCCGUGAGGCCCCAAAUCACCAUCCUUUGGCGCUUGCCGGGGACCACGAUCUACAGAAAUGUGAAGCAGGAGAGCAGUGGAGCCUUUGUCCCAAACGUCUUCAUCGCACGCAUUGGAAGCUCCAUAUACUUUGCCAACGCCUUCUUCAUCAAGGAAUGGCUCCAAGAGCGCAUCCGGGCGCUGGCGAGCGUGAACCGCACCGAAUACAUCGUCCUGGAGAUGACCUCGGUGGUGAGCGUGGAUUCCACGGCAUUGCACGUCCUAGAGGACCUGGUGCUGGACUUCCGCUCGCAGGGUGUGCACAUUGCCAUGGCCAUGGUGGGCAACCGCCUCGACCGGACCUUCCGCAAGGCUGGCUUGACCAAUUUCGUGGGAGAAAAAUGGUUCUUCCCCAGCGUGCACGAUGCGGUGGUGGGCUGCUUGCGCCACCAAAAGGCGAAGCGGAGGUUGCUGGCCACUCGCAGUGUUCUCAGCAACUCCUUGGCCGGUGCGACCGCCAGCACGGAAUGCAGUGCCUCAGAGGCGGCCACCGUGCAGACCGACGCUCAGUCUGAUGUGGAGAAAGGGGUGCCAGAGCUACCAUGGAGCCGAAGCCAAGAGGACUUGCUCCAUAUUGAAGACAAUCCCGUGACCGUGGGCAACGAGAUUGGCUACAGUAACGAUGUGCAUCAUUCCUGCACUGUGAUCUUCAUCAACCUAAUGGAGGACGUCCCAACCAUCAUGAGCGAUAUCACGGCGAUUUUCCAACGGCGAGGUCUUACCAUAUGCCGUGCCAACAUCGAGGCCAUGGGUGAUGACGGCAUGAGCACCAUGUGCGUGGCACGGCCACGCCGUGCAGCUCAUGUCUACCAUGUGCGCAGCCUGCGAAGCCAUGGAAAGCUUCAGGAUGAGGAGCUUCUCGACCUCAAAGCAGAGUUGAAGGCGCUCAUUCAUCAUCACAUGCAUCGCCCUGACCUGGAGUUGUGCCGGGAAGCUAAGGCUGUAAGGACUUUAACUACAUUUCAACUAGCACGACUGUAAAGACAACUCAUUCGGGUACAUGGCAGGGUAUAUUGGUUUACCUAUGCUUACCUUGCACAGGUUGGACUUCUGCCAGAAUCCACAAGCCUGAUGGGCUGCACACGGGCCACACAGGUUACCUGGUUUGUGGCUUCAUCCCGCGUCCUGUGGCGUUCUCAAGUCGUUCAUUGCGGGAGUUGUCUUCGCUAGCGCUUGCACAGGUUGGAACCUGAGAGGCGACCUGGUCAUGGGAUUCGCCGAUGGCGUUGUUUUCUCUUUACCAAAGAACCAUGUUUACCCAUGAUUCAACCUCAAAUCAUAAAAAAACCAUGGAAAGAGUUGGUUUCAUUUAGCCUAGAAUCCACAUCGGUCCAGGCUACAAAGGAUUCU